AUUCUGCGUUCGGCUGGCAUAGGACGCGCUCUUCACUUGCUCCUGCUCUCCGUCACGCGAUUUCCCUGCCGAAAGCGUAGAAACGCGCCAAAAAAAGCGCGCGCAAAAACAAAAAGCCAAGCUAACGGGACAAAAGUCGCGCGCGACUCGCCAGCAACACCCAUUGCGAAUGAGCUUCGAAGUGAUUGACCAUUAGUUAUUAGCGAUAAACUAUAACCGAGAACGCGAACAAUAAUCCCCAACCGAUCUGCCGGCCGUGCAAUCUGCUUAAAAUGCUAAAAAUGCCGCUGCAGCUGAGCAGUCAGGUUGGCAUUUGGCCAACCCGAUCCCGGCGACUCCACCACCAACUGGCUUAUCAUCGUCAGGACCAAGAGCAGCAGCAGAAACAAAAGCAAACUGGAGUGCACCAAGGACGUUCGCCGACAUUCAUGCCAGUGAUGCUGCUCCUCCUGAUGGCCACACUUCUCACGCGCCCACUGAGCGCCUUCUCCAACCGAUUAUCCGACACAAAGCUGCACGAGAUCUACCUGGACGACAAGGAGAUUAAGCUGAGCUGGAUGGUGGACUGGUACAAGCAGGAGGUGCUCUUCCACCUGCAGAAUGCUUUCAACGAGCAGCACCGCUGGUUCUAUCUGGGAUUCUCGAAGCGCGGCGGCUUGGCGGAUGCGGAUAUUUGCUUCUUCGAGAAUCAGAAUGGGUUCUUCAACGCGGUAACCGAUACGUACACCAGUCCGGAUGGGCGGUGGGUGAGGCGGGACUACCAGCAGGACUGCGAGGUCUUCAAGAUGGAUGAGUUCACGCUGGCCUUUAGGCGCAAGUUCGACACCUGCGACCCUUUGGAUCUGCGACUCCAUGAGGGCACUAUGUACGUGGUUUGGGCCCGUGGUGAAACGGAGCUGGCUCUGGAGGAUCACCAGUUCGCGCUGCCCAAUGUGACUGCUCCGCAUGAGGCGGGUGUUAAGAUGCUGCAGCUGCUCCGUGCCGACAAGAUACUGAUACCCGAGACCGAGCUGGAUCACAUGGAGAUCACCCUGCAGGAGGCGCCGAUUCCCAGCCAGGAGACCACCUACUGGUGUCACGUUCAGCGACUGGAGGGCAAUCUCCGGCGACGCCAUCACAUCGUCCAGUUCGAGCCGCUCAUCCGGACGCCGGGCAUCGUGCACCACAUGGAAGUGUUCCACUGCGAGGCCGGCGAGCACGAGGAGAUUCCCCUGUACAACGGCGACUGCGAACAGAUGCCGGUACGGGCCAAGAUCUGCUCGAAGGUAAUGGUCCUGUGGGCCAUGGGCGCCGGCACCUUUACCUAUCCUCCGGAAGCCGGUCUGCCAAUCGGCGGACCCGGCUUCAAUCCGUUCGUUCGACUGGAGGUACACUUCAAUAAUCCGGAGAAGCAGAGUGGCUUGGUGGACAACUCCGGCUUCCGCAUCAAGAUGUCAAAGACACUGCGUCAGUAUGACGCCGCCGUCAUGGAACUGGGUCUGGAGUACACCGACAAAAUGGCCAUUCCGCCUGGCCAAACCGCGUUCCCGCUAAGCGGCUACUGUGUGGCGGACUGCACUCGCGCCGCUCUUCCGGCCACGGGCAUCAUCAUCUUUGGCUCCCAACUGCACACCCAUCUACGUGGCGUCCGCGUCCUCACCCGCCACUUUCGCGGCGAGCAGGAGCUGCGCGAGGUGAAUCGCGAUGACUUCUACUCGAACCACUUCCAGGAGAUGCGCACCCUGCACUACAAGCCACGUGUCCUGCCCGGCGACGCUUUGGUGACCACUUGCUACUACAAUACCAAGGAUGACCAGACCGCCGCCCUCGGCGGCUUCUCCAUCAGCGACGAGAUGUGCGUCAACUACAUCCACUACUAUCCGGCCACCAAGCUGGAGGUCUGCAAGAGUUCCGUUUCCGAGGAGACGCUCGAGAACUACUUUAUUUACAUGAAGCGCACGGAGCAUCAGCACGGCGUGCAUCUGAAUGGAGCCAGGUCGUCCAAUUACCGGAGCAUCGAGUGGACCCAGCCGCGGAUCGAUCAGCUCUACACCAUGUACAUGCAGGAGCCGCUGAGCAUGCAGUGCAACAGGUCCGAUGGCACCCGCUUCGAGGGGCGGGACAGCUGGGAGGGCGUGGCAGCGACGCCCGUCCAAAUCCGUAUACCCAUUCACCGCAAACUGUGCCCCAACUACAAUCCGCUGUGGCUGAAGCCGUUGGAGAAGGGCGAGUGCGAUUUGCUGGGGGAGUGCAUCUAUUAGGCGCCGUACAUUAGGCAUUAGGCGAACGGGGGCGUGGCAUAGCACACACAC